GACUAUUACACCAACCUCCACAUAACAAAGUUUCAUGCAUUAAAAAUUGCCACUUGGCAAUCCUUUUUAUGCAGGGUAAUAAUCUGGGUGAUAAUUACGGUGCGUGAAAUUCGAAAACACCCGCCUGCUUCUACCGCUUUCCCGCCAAUUGUUCAUCCCCUUCCUCAUCCUUAAAAACCCUAGCAGCCUCGCUUCUCUUUUUCUCUAGUUCCUCUCUCUCUCUCUCUCUAAAAAAUACCUCAGGCUCUCUCUCUUCAAACUGUUCCUUAAUAGCUCCAAUGAAUCGGAGGGUAAGGAGCCCAACGAGGAAGGAGGUUGUGGCGGCCAUGUCGGAGGAGAGGUUUCUACGAUUCUUGAGGCCAGGAGCCCUCGCGCGGUUGCGGGAUUCGAAGAUCAGCGCCAGAUCGCCGAGAUCUGCGCUAAAGACUGCACCGAUCGCCGUUUUUCGGUUUUCUCCGCCUUCUUCUCCGUCGGCUACCGCGGCUCCGCAACCUCACGAUGGCGGCGAUGGUGAGUUAAUCCGUUUCUUUACCUCGAGGCCAUGUGGACCGCGCAAACUUCAGCGGAAGAAGCUAUCUGCUGCUAAGUACGUUUUCUUUUCGCCCCCAAGUCCGGAUCCCUCUGAUUCUGUUUUGGAUGUGUUCAGCGUCGACCUUGUCGUUGCUCAUUGAGUGGAAUUUUAUACUAGAAAUAAAAAAUAAAAGUUUCGUUGGCGAGGGACUUUAGAGACCUUUGUUUCGAAUUGGUAGGGAUUUUUAGAACAUAUAUGAAAAUUUCUACAUUCCUGCAAGC